CAGCGAGAGCGUCCUGAGGAGGCCAGACGGAACGCGUGCCAGCGCUACCUGGGCUUUCCAGUUGCUGGCACGGGAUCAUCCAUCGAUCAGAUCACGCCAGCCACAGACCUGCUGUCAUGUCUAAGUUAAAGAGCUCUGAGUCUGUUAGGGUGGUGGUACGAUGCCGGCCGAUGAAUAGCAAAGAGAAGACAGCUUCGUAUGAAAAAGUUGUUAACGUGGAUGUCAAGUUAGGGCAGGUCUCGGUGAAGAAUCCGCGGGGAACUUCUCAUGAACUGCCUAAAACUUUCACCUUUGAUGCUGUGUAUGACUGGAAUUCCAAACAGGUUGAACUCUACGAUGAGACCUUCAGACCUCUUGUGGACUCUGUUCUGCAAGGGUUUAAUGGGACAAUCUUUGCGUAUGGGCAGACUGGGACAGGGAAAACAUAUACGAUGGAAGGGGUGCGUGGUGAUCCUGAAAAAAGAGGGGUCAUCCCCAAUUCAUUCGAUCACAUCUUCACCCACAUCUCUAGAUCUCAAAAUCAGCAAUAUCUAGUUAGAGCUUCUUAUUUGGAAAUAUACCAAGAAGAAAUCAGAGACUUGUUAUCGAAGGAUCAGUCCAAGCGGCUGGAGUUAAAGGAGAGACCAGACACAGGUGUGUAUGUUAAGGAUUUGUCCUCCUUUGUUACAAAAAGCGUCAAAGAGAUAGAGCACGUCAUGAACGUGGGAAACCAAAACCGCUCGGUUGGUGCCACCAACAUGAAUGAACACAGCUCUCGAUCUCAUGCCAUUUUUGUGAUCACUAUCGAAUGCAGCGAGUUAGGACUUGAUGGAGAGAAUCACAUCCGAGUUGGAAAACUCAACCUGGUAGACCUUGCAGGCAGCGAGCGGCAAGCUAAGACUGGAGCACAGGGGGAAAGGUUAAAGGAAGCUACUAAAAUCAAUCUCUCUCUCUCAGCUUUGGGCAACGUUAUCUCUGCCCUAGUAGAUGGCAAAAGCACGCACAUUCCAUACCGGGACUCAAAGCUGACUAGGUUACUUCAAGACUCGUUAGGUGGCAAUGCCAAAACUGUGAUGGUGGCCAAUAUAGGCCCUGCCUCUUACAACGUAGAGGAGACUCUGACAACACUGAGGUAUGCCAACCGUGCCAAAAACAUCAAGAACAAGCCGCGAGUGAAUGAGGAUCCUAAGGAUGCUCUGCUACGAGAAUUCCAGGAAGAGAUUGCUCGGCUCAAGGCACAGUUGGAAAAACGGUCUAUUGGCAAAAGAAAGAGGAGGGAAAGGAGGAGAGAUGGUGGGGAAGAGGAGGAGGACACUGAAGAGGGUGAGGAUGAAGGAGAUGACAAAGAUGACUAUUGGAGGGAGCAACAAGAAAAGCUGGAGAUUGAGAAGAAAGCUAUAGUUGAGGAUCACAGCCUGGUAGCAGAAGAAAAGAUGAGACUGCUGAAAGAGAAGGAGAAGAAAAUGGAGGACCUGAGGCGAGAGAAGGAAGCAACAGAGAUGUUGAGUGCUAAAAUCAAGGCAAUGGAAAGCAAGCUUCUGGUGGGAGGGAAAAAUAUCGUGGAUCACACAAACGAACAGCAGAAAAUCCUGGAGCAGAAACGACAGGAAAUUGCAGAACAGAAACGUCGGGAGCGAGAGAUCCAGCAACAGAUGGAAAGCCGGGACGAGGAGACAUUAGAGCUGAAGGAGACCUAUAGUUCUCUUCAGCAAGAGGUGGACAUAAAGACCAAAAAACUCAAAAAGUUAUUCUCCAAGCUGCAGGCUGUGAAGGCAGAGAUCCAUGAUCUCCAAGAAGAGCACAUCAAGGAGCGCCAGGAACUGGAACAGACCCAGAAUGAACUUACCAGGGAACUAAAGCUAAAGCACCUGAUUAUUGAAAAUUUUAUUCCCUUGGAAGAAAAGAAUAAGAUCAUGAACAGAUCAUUCUUCGAUGAAGAGGAAGACCAGUGGAAACUGCAUCCCAUAACCCGUCUGGAUAACCAGCAGAUGAUGAAAAGACCGGUAUCUGCUGUAGGAUACAAGAGGCCACUGAGCCAACACGCCAGGACGUCCAUGAUGAUUCGUCCAGAGGCUCGGUACAGGGCAGAGAACAUCGUAUUACUGGAACUUGACAUGCCCAGCCGAACGACGAGAGACUACGAAGGUCCAGCCAUUGCUCCCAAAGUUCAGGCGGCUCUAGAAGCAGCUCUGCAGGAUGAAGAUGAGAUACAGGUGGACGCGUCAACCUUUGAGAGCACUUCAAAUAAAAAAUCAAAACCCAGGCCUAAAACUGGAAGGAAAUCAGGGGGAUCCUCUUCAGCAGGCACCCAUAGUUCUCAGCUCUACCCACAGUCCCGAGGGCUGGUUCCAAAGUAAAACCAGCAGUUUCUCUCCAGGGCGCGAACAGCCUUUGCCUUCUGAGAGCAGAGACAAGUAAAAACCUGCAGAGAGAACUCCCAGCCAGACUCCAGCCCCUUUCCCCUGGAGAUGGCCUCUUUGCUGUUUAACUGACUUGUGCCAGUCCAGGUGCACUGAGCCACGGGAAGAUACGUGCUUGCAAUUCAGCAUUUGGCCUCUGUGGGAAACAGAUUUUAGUUAGGAAAUCAGAAAUGCAUGAGGUACGUUAAAGUGUAUUAGAAGCAAUGGGAAGCAUGGGGAUCACCUCGCAGCAUCACCGUCUCUCCUUCUGCACUAGCCCUUUUGCUGCACUGGGCUUUUUUGCUGUUGGGCAAUAAGAAGACAGAGUUGAAAGUCAUCUCAACAGAACCACCGCUCCAGAGCUCCAUAGGGAGAACCAAAUGAGGUUAAAAAGCAGAGGAUCUGUUCAAACUUGACUUAGGUGCAUAGUUUUUCCUCUUCCUGCUUGAAAGACUGGCAUCAUCAGUUGGGGUUAAGAAGCUGGUCUGAACAGGCAGGAUGGCAGCGGUCAGCAUGUACUCACCACCAGAUAGCUGUGCCUCCCUUUAGAGCUGUAGGACAAAAAAAGGGGUCUUGAAAGCAACUUUGCGCUCUCUAGAAAGGAAGCAAUAGAAACUGAAGUCCUUUCCUUGUUUACAGGCAUAAGUAAGAGCUUCUCUAAACUGACCUCCUACAGACCUCACCCCUACCAGCAGGAACCACCUUGUCAAAGAAUACAUCUGCAUACCAGUGCCAGCUCCACAGCUUUCUUCCUCUCUCUUGCCUCCAUCUUCACCCCUGGCAGUUCAAACCAGUGUCCGUACUAAGACUUUAAACUGUGGGGUGGCGUACGGCCAUUUUCUCACAUCUCCCACCGUUCACGGGAAACGUAGCAUUGGCUCAGAGCUACCUUCCCGGCAGGCUCGCAGGGCUGACUCUGCUCUCCCCUGUAAGCUGGGCGGAGGGUGGAGCACUGUAAUGCGGAGCUGCCUUUGAGUGCGCUCUCCUUGCAAGUAUGGUCCCUUCCCUUGGUGUCUAAGGAGGUUCAGCGUUCGGUACCUGUUGUGCCUCACCUGUUCCACGCUAGAAGCUUUCCCUUUGCAGCUCCCAGCCCACGCAGAGCCUGCUGGGAGUGAAAGCACAUGUAACCGAGUCUGGGUAAUGGAAUCUGGUAUUAAUUCCAGGGGGUUUACUUUGAAAACAAGGGAGGAAGGACUCCUGCUUUUGACGGUCUCUUUGCAAAGCUGCCCUAUGACUAAAGCAGGCUCCUGUAAUGCUGCAGGCUCGUGUGGCAGGGUAGAGGGAGGUGGAACUGCCGCGCUAAGGACAGAGUAAGGUGUCCCUGUCUGGUGUCUCACAGCUCAUUUGUAAGUUUUAGUUCACUGUAUAUUGAGACUUGGGAUAUUACUUUUUCUGGUUGCUGUUGGCUGUCAUCCUAUGAACGUUUUUACCUAUUUCCUCUCCCUCACUGACGACUUCCUCCAGACUGACAUGUGUGAGUGUAUGAGGACUUGCCUGGUUUUAGAAAUGCUCUGAUGGGCGGACUCUGCCUUGUGUGCUCGUUAAGUAUCCGCUGAGUGACUUCAUCCGGGCUGGAGAACUCCGUUCUGUCUGACCCCCAUGAGCAGAAGGAACCGAACACUCGGCACAGCUCACCUCUGCAUCUUGCGGGCAUGGUGCCUCGGUGAGCCAGCUGCCCAGGUGGGCCCGGUUAAACGCUAACUCGGCCGCUUUGAUUCAUGGAGUGCUUUUCUGGACCACAGGAUUAAUGUAUAUAUAUACACACAUAUAUGCGUAUAUAUACAUUAGUUUUGGUGGAGGAAAGAGGAGUUUGCAUAUAAUUGAGAGGGCAGGCAUCUGACAAAUUUCUUUCAACCUGAAUGUGGAAACCUGGCAUAAUCUUCCUUUUUAUAAAGCACUGUUUAUGUA